GCUCACGGGUAAACAAAGGAGCGAUAUUCACUCCCCAUAGCGACAACGACGGCGACAUCUCAACGCAAGCUCUCUCAAUCUCUACGACAUCGACGGCUCACUGUCACAGUCUCUUCAUCUUCAAUUGAAGGUAUAGUUAAUUGGUGGCAAGAAUAUGAGUAUUGAGGUUACCUCUGAAGCGCACUCACUAAGCUCAAGACCUAUUUGUCAUUGUGGACAUGCUGCAACAAUACGAGUGUCAGGCCAAGCAAACUCAUUUGGAGACAAAUUCUAUGGGUGCCCAAAAUUGCAAACAUUGCCCACUGGUGGGUCUCUGAUUGUUCGUUCUUUGAAUGGCUACACAAGAAAUGUGAACCGACUACCACUGUGAGUAACAGGGCGACAAUCAGUCCGACUACUAGGGAGAGUACAAGUGAGUUUCAAGGACUUCUUGUGCACUUACAAAGAGAAGUAAUAGAUGCCACCGUCCGUGAACGAGAGGUACAUGCAAAGAACGCGAUAUUGGAGUCAAGAAAAAAAAAAGAAACGAGAAGAUUUCUUGUAUAUUUGUAUUCUGUUUUUGGUGGGAUUGUUGUACCAAAAUCUUGUUCAUUGAGACAAAUAUAGUUAGAUGUACAAGCACCACUAUCUUAUGGAAUUAUGUACUUUAUUUUAUCAUUCAAUGCUUCAUUAUGGUGGAAUUGUUAUUGU